AUGGAUGCCCCGCCGGCGCCGGGCACGACGAGGGACUGGUCGGAGCUGCCGGCGGACGCGCUGUCCGUGGUGUUUGCUAAGGUCAGCGCCGUCGAUGUGCUCGCCGGCGCGGGCCUCGUGUGCCGCUCGUGGCUCGACGCGGCGAAGAUGCCCGACCUGUGGCGAUCCGUGGACAUGGAUGACGCGGUCGAGUUCCUCCACCGUGGAGAUCAGGAUAGGGACGUCCUGGUCCUGCGCGCCAUGGCGAAGGUCGCCGUCGACCGCUCCGGCGGGCGGCUCGAGGUUUUCAAGGGGAAGCGUUUUGUUAGCGAUGCGCUGCUCGAGUAUAUUGUGGACAGGUCACCCGGUCUGAAGGUUAUCUCCAUUUCGUGCUUCUAUGACGACAUUUCUUGGCUUUCCCUUGAAAUGCUCGCAGCUAUGGCAAGAAAGUGUCCUCUGCUGGAGGAAAUCGACUGCGGCGGCGGCGUCGUCGUGUAUCCCUCAGGCCUGCGUGGACAUUUGCUCCAUGCGCUCGCGGGGUUGCGACAGCUGCGGCGCCUCACUCUUCGGGGCAUCGGCUUCGACAGCAGUAAAGAUGAACUGAUGGCCAUCGUUGAUGGUUGCCCUUACCUGGAGCUUCUUGAUUUAAGCUGCUGCUGGUUUCUGUUUCAUGUCGACGACGCCCUGCUUGCCAAGUGCGCUAGAAUCAGGACGCUCAAGCUACCACCCUCCUAUUCUGAUGAUGAUGAUGUUUAUUGUUAUGACGAACCAUCCGUCUAUCGUGAUGCCGAUCUGUUUGAUUGCUACUACAACUCUGAUUGA